AUGGAUGAUGAGAUACUAGCUGAUGUUGCCUCUUCAAGAGGUGGCUCAAAUUCUGUUACAGCUAUACUGGUUGACAGAGAGAAGCUAAUGGUGGCUAAUGUAGGUGAUUCUCGGGCCGUCGUGUGCGGCGGUGGUGAAGUGAAACAAGUAACGACGGAUCAUGAGCCGAACAAGGAGAUAGAAGUUAUUGAAUGCAGGGGAGGAUUUGUGUCGAAAAUGCCAGGUAAUGUAGUUGGAUCAGGGCAGCCUCAAGAUCUCAAAAAUUACAUGGACAAAAAGCUCCAAAUCAAGCUGAAUGCAAAUCGGAUGGUUGUUGGUACACUUCGUGGGUUUGAUCAGUUUAUGAAUCUAGUGGUUGACAACACUGUGGAGGUGAAUGGCAAUGAGAAAACUAACCAUGGGAUUGGAAUUGUUAUGUAA